AUGUCACCUCUCAAUACCGGAGUUCACCAGACAUCAGCUACCACCGACGCCAUCGACUAUAACGAGAGAGCCAAUCGCUGCAAGACCCCCUCGCCGGCCAUCCGUCGCGGAAAUACUUGUCAGGGGGACAUACAGUCAUUGAUGGAGGUAAGAAAAGUGCUACAGGAGUUCAGUGUAAAAACGGGACUGCAAAUUAACCCCGAGAAAUCUGAGUUAUUCCUCUCCGGCAUGAAUGUGGUCGAAAAGGAGAACAUGUCCUCUUCGGUUGGCAUUGCUCUUAGCUCACUACCCCGGGAAAUUCAGCUUGUCAUCUCUGUCAUUUAUGGGAUGAUCAAUGCUUGGAGCAUGACCUUUGUGUUGCUUAAAUUUAUAUUAAAAGAGAUUGAUAGCCUAUGCUCUAGGUUUAUCUGGCAACAUGCAUGGGAUCACUCACCCAGCUAUCGAGUUUCAUGGACAGUAAUAUGCAAGCCUAAGAAGGAAGGAGGAGUUGGGAUAAGAAUGAUUGAGGAGACACAUGUUGUCUUCCGUCUUAAGUUUGUCUUGUUACUGCUUACUAAGGCGGGGUCUCUAUGGGUUGCGUGGAUUCGACACAAUGUUUUCAAAGGCAAAACUUACUGGGAAGUGAAGGAGACAACAACUAUUACAUGGAACUUGAAGAAAUUGCUACGAUUGAAGGUUAUGGUAAGGCCUUUCACUAAGAUUAACCUGGGAGAUGGAAAGAAGACAUCUUUUUGGUAUGAUAGUUGGCUGCCUCUCGGGCCGCUGAUUGAUUUCAUUGGCUCAGCUGGUCCUCGACUGUUGCGGAUAUCUAAAAUGGCCACGGUGGCAGAUGCAAUACGGGACGGAAGCUGGAGUUUGCCGGGUGCGCAGAACGACCGCAUCCAACAACUUCACAUCCUCUUAUUACAGACUGAUCCACCGAGGCAUGAUGUAGGACCGGACACAUGUUUGUGGCGAUGUACGGAUGUUGAUUACAGGCCUAGUUUUAAAACGAAACGGACAUGGGAGCUUUGUCGCACUCCAGGGACUAUUGUUGAAUGGCAUAACCUGGUGUGA